UAAAUGUCACAGUAAUCCCUAAGUUAGUUUUCAUAACAUAGUCAAUAAUAACAAUAAAACUAAUAGCCUGCUUAGAAGAUAGGAAGUUCAAUAGAAGAUAUUACAUAGGAUUUGGAAGAAUUAUUUGAAUCUCUUAAGAGUAAUCAUUAUUAAAUAAAUUUACAGUUGAAAAGCAAGGAUAACAAAUAGAUUAGAUAGAGAAAUCAACAUUAUUAGCAUUACUUUUAUAUUUAAAUAUUGAUAAAUCAGAAGCAUAAUUUUUCAAUUAUGUUGUUAGAACAUUAGAUCAAAUGCCAUCAGUAAUUAUAUAUUAAAACAAUAUUAGACUACAUUAAAUAAGGAAUAAUUCAAAUCCUUAUUUUUAGAUCCUCAAAUAAAUACAGAGAAUUUGAAAAGUGAAGAGUUUGCAUAAAUAUUUAGUGUUUUUGAUUUAUAAAAAAAAGGAUCCUUUAGUGCAGAAGAUUUCUUAAGGCUAUAUAAAGAGACAUCUGAAUAUUUGAAUCUAAAUGAACAUGAUAAAAUAUAAGUGGAGGCAAGAAUAAAAAAGGAUUUUGAAAUUAUUAGUCCAGAACACAAGGAAAUCACACCUAUUGAAUUUUUUAAGAUAAUAAAUAAUUAAGGUUGA